CAUUACUGUUUAAAACCUUCAUUCAUGGGGGUAUAUACAAACAUGCUGUUACAAUGAAGUAUCCAUCACAAAUUAUAACCAAAAUCUGCUGCUUGGCUUAGUUUAGCUCUUAAAUGCAUUAUUGGCCUAAUAUGAUGAUUUUGAGACCCUGAUCUUAACUGAUGAUCCAUUUCAGGUCAAGAUAUCAGGACCACCGGGGACUGACCAACCGCGGGCUUACAAGUGUAUGGCAAAGACAAAAGCCACCAGGUCUGGUUCUUAAAUUAAUACUUAUCUCCCUCUUAAAUUCAUCAUAUGAGCAUAUGUUAUAUAAUACUACUCCCCCAUGUUACUAUGGAUCUCAAGCCAACCCUUCCCCACUCACUGCUUGGUUGUCUCAUCAUCAUCUUCCUCAAACACUCACUCACCUUUCUCAAAUUUCUUUUUGUCUUCAUCUUCACAAGUGCUUCAUUUUUUUUUUUUACUACAGGAAUCUCAAGCAAUACUGACAGCACCACAUAGAUCUCUCAGAGCUGUCCAUUUUGACCAAGAUUUUGCUGAAACAAAGUAGAGUUUCACUCAUUUCCAAUACUAUAUAAUUUAUUCAGUUCCCCUUCAAAGAUAAAAUAUCAAAGCAAAAUACAAAUGCAGCAGAUCCUUCAAUGGCUCUUUAAGGUAGCACAUGAACAAGGAAGGGAAAAUACUGAAGAUCAGGAAGAUAAAUCCAAAGACAUAGUUUUCUCAAAGCAUAGAAGAUCAAGAAGUAAGAAGUUUAAUAAGUACUUUAAGCCAAUCAUAUUUCCAUGCAAUAGAGAUGUUGCGAGGGCCUGCUUCUAUAGUACUAUCUAUUUGAGUAGAGUGAGGAGCUCUUCUCAUAGAGGACAACAACAGCAUUGGGCUCAAUCCAUGAAGAUGAAGAAGAAACAAGAUAUCGCUACAGGGUUCAGUGUUAGUCCAAAGUCGGAUUCAGGUACUCGUACAGGGGACAAGGUAGUUUUACCGUUAAAUGAACCCCCGGCGGAAAAUGACCAAUGCAACACCAUUGAAAAGAAAGAAAAGGUUCAAGGGGACAAAACCAAAACCAUGUCUAGAAUGAAGGAGCUGUUGAGAUGGGCUGCUGCUAAGAAACCGGAGAAAUUAGGCGGGAAGUUCAUCGGCAGAAAGGUUUUACAGUUUAGGAGCCGUGAAGCAAUGAAAGGAGUGUCGGGUGAUCAUGAUCAAUUGAGCAAUGAGUCACCUAAGAUAAGCUUGAGAUGGGAUGUCCAGAGCUCCUCCACUACUUCCUCAGCCUAUUCUGGAAUCACAGUGACUUCUUCGUUGAGAAAUGAUGAAACCUGCAAUAUAUUAUCAUUGAAUUCAACUCCUAUGCAUGGCUUAAACCGUUGUUGUAGCAGGAGAGGGAAUUGGAUAACUACAGACUCUGAAUUUGUGGUGCUUGAGCUGUGACGAUAUGAGAUAAAGAGGAGGUGAUGGUAGGCUGAAGCUGAAAAUUUUCUUUUGGGGGGGAGUGCAAAAAGGGAAAGAAAAGAAAUACUCCAUUGGUAUAGGCUUAGAUUUGAUUAAUUAAAGUUGAUUGGUUAUUUGUUGAGAUAUUUUAGGUAUUAUCCAGUUAGAUGUAGAAAUAUCAGUGCUAUGGAUCUGAAAUGUAACAUCGAAGACUACUCAAGAUUAUUGACCUACGUGCCCAAGCUGAGCACCGACUUCAAUCCAUUUUCCAUCGCAUGAAGUUAACGCCAUCUAUUGUUAGAAAACAGGCUUUUUAAGCUUAAUAUAGGCACUGUAUCUAUACGUCUCGUUAGUACAUGCCUUUGUCACAAGCAAUGUUUCUUCAUAACAUAGAUUAUAAAAAAUUGAUAAUUUAAAUUUCUAACUACAAACAUUUAAUUAGAA